AUGACCGCAUAUACGCUACAGAAAGAACUCCAGUCCGUGGUACUACCCUCAGGCCACAGGCUCGCCUUCGCCGAAUAUGGCAAACCAAAUGGUCGGCCCGUUAUCUAUCUGCAUGGCUUCCCAAUGUGCCGACUCGAAGGCAUGGCAUUCGACGUACCAGCCUCCCGCGCAAACAUCAGAAUAAUCGCGCUUGAUCGUCCUGGCAUAGGUCGUUCAUCUUUCGUCGCCAACCGUGCCAUCCUGGACCAUGCCGAAGAUGUGAGGGUUCUAUCCCAGCAUCUCGAUCUUCGACGAUUUGGGAUUCUCGGUGUGUCGGGUGGGGCACCCUAUGCGUUGGCUUGUGCCAGAGCGCUACCGAAAGAGCUUCUGAGUGGUGUAGGGAUCCUUUCUGGAAUGGGAACAUAUGAGGAGACUGACAUUGGACUCGUGCCAAUGCCGAGCAGAGUGACUGGAUGGCUAGCGAGGAAUAUACCUCGUACCCUACGUGUGGUCACCGAUGCGUUUGUGGCUGGGUUACAGAGGGUUGUGAAAUGGAGUUGGGUUCAGAAGAGGCUGGACCGGUUCGUGGGGCAGGCGAAGCAGUCUAAGAACGCAUGGGAGAGGGAUGCGCUUGGUACUUUAAAACAGCAAGAGGCAGAUGAGAAUUGGACUGCUACGGCAAGCAGAGAACGCUUGCUCAAGGCAAUUUUUGAACCAUUUCAUCAGGGCUCAGAGGGCGUAGUCCAGGAAGCUGCACUCGUUUCGCAGCCUUGGGGCUUCCGGCUCGAAGAGAUUGAAAAUACGGUCACCAUUUGGCAUGGUUCAAAGGAUACAAAUGCACCAAUCGAAUGGAUUCGAGCAAUGGCUAGGAAGGUCCCGGGGGCGGUACUGAAUGAGUAUGAGGGAGACACCCACGGGAGUAUGGUGAAGCAUGUCGAUGACGUUUUUGGAAGCCUUAUACACAAAGUCGACGGGGACUAUAACGACGAAGCGUCUCAUAUGACCUUGGUUCACCGGCAUCGUGCUGCGCCGUCCACCAAGGUGCGCUCCCAAUAG